GAUGUAGAACGGGAAGCAGUUGCCAGGCGCCUGCGCUUGGUUAACCUAUUGAGAAUUUUAUCUGUCAUUCGCGACGCGUUGUUUUAUUUAAUUGUAAAUAAUUCGUUCUCAUUCGGAUAAGAGCUUGUGUGCAGCUUGGAAAUAAAUCAAGAAAUUUAUCAUGGGGCACAAGGAAUUUCAAAUGCUAAUUGAACUCGAAUCAUUGAGUGAAAUAUGCCGCUACUGUGGACGACAGGUACAUGAAAAAAAUAGAUUGAGCAAAGAAUGCUUCGAUUAGUAUCAAAGAGCCACUGGAUUUCAAUCCAAUCACUUGGCAAUUAUUAUUAUUUUCAUCUCUAUCGACGGCAAAGAGUUAAUCGAGGAAACAAAUGUUAUAAACGAAAAAAUGUUCAUCGAAAUGGUUCGACUCUCUUAUCAACACAGAGCAUUCUAUUGCUAUGUCAUUCUUACGGUUUGGAUUUUUCUACUUGUGGCAGGAAUGUAUAAAUACAUUGGGGUUGAUGAGAACAGCUCGAUACAAAACAGACCAUCAAGUAGUGAAUUAUCGAUAAAAGAAUUUCCGAGAAAUUUCAAAGUUGAUCUGAAGACGAAAAAGAUUUUUCGAUUUUGUAACACUCCGAAUGAUAUUAUUCAGGGAAAUGAAGGUAAAGUAGAUGGGAAUGUCACCUUAGGUGGUGUGAUAAUUCUAACUCGACACGGUGAUCGGGGACCUUUGGCACACGUUCGAAAUAUAAGUACAGUAAAUUGUGCUGGUGAUUUUUCCAAUAAUCCCGAAUUAGAUGCAAUUUAUCAGAAUUAUCAGAAUUUUAUACAAAAUGUCACACUUUAUUCGCGUUCAGCGUGGGCUCAAUUUUUGGGACCUUUCCAUGGAUUUCCAAUGCUGCCGUCCAAUUCACGGGACUGCAAACUUGGCCAAUUAACGACUCUCGGCGUUGGUCAACUUUUGAAAAUUGGCCUCGUCUUACGAAACGCUUACUAUCAUCGAUUAAAUUUAGCAAAUAGCACUUUAACGUCAAAAGACGUCAUUGUCUUUAGUACACGCUAUCGACGAACUGUCCAAAGUGCCGUUGCACUUCUCUACGCAUUCAUCGGAAAUGAGAAUUUUCAAAAUCUAGCCAAAAUCUCACUUAAGGAAAGUCAAAGUUAUGCAUUUUGUUAUUCGGAUUGUGCUUGUGCUGCCGCUGACAAAUACUCGAAAAUCAAUUCCAAGGAAAUAACGAAUCAUUUGAAAUCCCACCCGGCUGUUUCGGAUUUAAUUAAGCAAGCAUCAAGUAUUAUUCUCGAAAUGCCAGAACAAACGACAAAUCCAAAUACUCUCGUUGAUUCUCUAUUAACAUACGUUUGUCACAAUGCACCACUACCGUGUAUGGACUUUGAUUCACAAAGAUUGUGCGUGAAAACGGAACAUGUGACGGGAAUUUUUGCCUACACCGAAUGGGAAGCACGACAACAUGGAAAAAGUCAAGCUCGUCGAAGACACGGUUUAUUGCGAGCCUAUGGACUUCUUCGCAAUAUUGUCAAUCAUAUGUUGAGAAUAAUAUCAGAAGGAAGACCGAAAAUUGUUUUAUAUUCAGGUCACGAUAGGACAUUGGAAUAUUUAUCGACUGCCUUGGGAAUAUUUGCCGAUCACGCAAUUCUACCACAUUACGCGUCCAGAUUUAUCAUCGAAAUUUAUAAAAUUAAUCCAAAAAAUGAAAAUCACGUUGCUAGUGAUUUUUAUUUUCGUAUUAUUGUCAAUGGAAAGGAUUUAACGCAAAAAAUUCCCUUCUGUAAGAAUGUGAAUUUUUACAGUGCAACAUUUAUCGACGAUAAUGUGAGGGGGAAAAAAGAAUCGAAAUUAUGUCCAAUCGAAGCGAUUAUUCGACUUUUACACGAUGAUUAUUUCGUUCCAUUUAAUGCGACAAAUUUCAAAGACGCAUGUUCGAAUCACAAACACAAUUAAAAAAUUGUGAUUGUAUUGAUUUUUUUUAUCACUUUACAUAUCAAGGGUUUCUCUGAAGACUCAUUUAUAAUUAAAUUCUAAGAUAUAGAUUAGAUCUCAAUAUAUUCAGUAUUAAAUUAUCGAUACUUUUUUUAAAUUUUUUGCGAAGCCCUCGAUAUAAGACUCGCAUUAUCUAAGUUUACUCUAAUUUUAGAGUUCUUCCAAACACUUAAUCUUUGAUCUCGUUUUUCGUUAUUCUAGCAAAAAGUAGUUUCUCUAUUGUAUAAUUUGCAAAUGAUGAAGUAAUUUUUCUCUUGAAAAAAAAACUUCUAAAUUUGCCUGAAAAAUAUUUCUUAUAUACUUAAAAAGGGAACGUUGUUUAGACAAUGUCCAAAGAUCCAAUGGAGCCUUAAAAACAAAAGAAGAAAAAAAUAUAUAAAAAAAAAUCUAGACUGUGUAAACUCUUUGCGAUAAUCUCACAGAUAUUUAGCUUUAGAUGGCCACUACGUAUAUUUUAUCACACGAUUUAUUGUAAAUAUGUAAAUAAUUCUAUCGAAAACAAAAAAAUUAGAAAGAUUUGCUGAAAGCACUGAUAUUGCAUGUAAACUUAAAAUUUGUUACACUGUAAGAAAUUUUUGAAAAAGACGAUUUUUUAUAAUUUAUAAAUAGUCUAAUUUAUUGUCUCUACGCAAAUAUUAAAACUGAUUUUUUUUAUUGAACAAAAAAGAAAACAGAAAAACAGAUUUAAAAUUUACAAAUGCAAGCUUUUGGUGUAUAUAAAAGGUAAAAUAUCUCUAGAAAAAUGCAUAGAAUCUACUGGAUUUAAAUCAAAUGGAUUUAACUCACGACCAAGCACAUCCAUUUUGAGAGAAGAAAAAUUUCAUAAAAAAAGGUAGUGAAUAAUUAUCUCCGAAUUUGUACUCUUCCUUAUAAUAUAUAAAUUAUCUAAAUUCGAUUUUUUUCCCUUUAAAUCUGUUUAUGUUAGAAAAAUUUAGUUCAUAUUGAAAAAUCAUUUGUUUUUCGAUAAAUUUGAAAUUUGUUAUUAAAUUGAAUUGCGACUGUAUUUUCAGUAUUUUUGAAUAUUAUUUCUCCGAAGGCUCCGGAAAAAAGGAGCCUAAGAAGCAAAUUAUUUUAUUCACCUGAAAUUUUUUGCUUUUUAAGUAUUUUAUUUGUUUAUAAUUUUGUAUUUUACCGUUAAUUCUCACAAAGUCCUCACUGGCAUGAAUUUUGAAUUUAGAUCAUUUUUAGAUUAAGAAAUAAUAAAAAUUUAGGGGAUAAUAUCAAAUAGCACUAAAAAAAGUCAUUUUUAAAAUAGUUGUACCUUCUUCCUGGUUGCUAACAACCAAUCACUCGUUAAGAAAUACGAUACGCACACGAAUUAAUGAGAAAGAAAAACUAGAGUUUAAAAACUGUUUUCCGAUAUUUGUUUCAAUUGUUUAGCACCGCACGUACCAAGAAAAAAAAGCUGUUUUUAUGUAAAAAUUUAUGAUGGUAUUAAAAACGUUCAAACGAUA